AUGGGAAAUAUUUGCCAAAGAAGUAAAACUAAACCCAAGUACCGGACGAUUGUACCGAACACUGCAGUGGACCCAGAUAUACCCCCUGCUCAUAAAAACCAUCCAAAUCAUGAAUUCCGUUCAAAUAGAAUCAAAACCACCAGAUAUUCUGUGAUAACUUUUCUACCUAAAAAUCUUUUUGAACAAUUCCAUCGUUAUGCUAAUUUAUAUUUUAUUUUUGUUGUGGCCUUGAACUGGGUACCGGAAGUGAAUGCUUUUGGUAAAGAAAUUGCCAUGGCCCCUGUGAUAUUUGUACUAGCUGUUACAGCUAUAAAAGAUAUUUUUGAAGAUUUUCGACGUUACAGAUCUGAUAAGAAAAUAAACUUCACAAAUUGUCGUAGGUUUUCAUGUAAUGAAAGACGCUACAUUAAAAGUGAUUGGAAAGAUAUAAGAGUGGGUGAUUUUGUUCAUCUAUCAUGUAAUGAAGUGAUACCUGCUGAUAUAUUAUUAUUAAGAUCUAGUGAUAAAUCUGGUGUCUGUCAUAUUGAAACCAUGAAUUUAGAUGGUGAAAACAACCUGAAACAGAGACAGAGUGUUGCUGGUAUAGAAAUGACACAGAAAAGUGAUUUUACCCCGAGUGCUUUUAAAUAUGAUGUACAAGUAGAACAACCUAACUCAGAAAUUUAUAAAUUUCUUGGUUUUAUGUAA